CACACACUCACGCACACACACACACACACACACACCCUUCCCCCUCCCCUGUUAACAAUGCUUCUCCAUACUAGUACCAUGCCACACUGGUAGACAACAGACCUGCUGAUAGUGCAGAUUUUGACUGGAUUCUGCUGACCUACUUCAGAUAAAGAGGCACCGGAGAGGAGUACAUGACUGACAUUUUCUACAGUAGUUCACAGAACUGCCAACUAUACUGUUAGAACCAACACACCUCAUAAUGUCUAUAAAGCCAGUGAUUGUAGUGCAUGGUGGGGCGUGGGCCAUUCCCGACUCCCUGGCUGAGGGCAGUGUCCAGGGGGUACGACUGGCCGCAGGAGCAGGAUACAGGCUCCUCAAAGCCGGAGGAUCAGCUGUUGAUGCUGUAGAGGCUGCCGUCAGGAGCAUGGAGGACAACCCAGUCUUUGAUGCCGGGGUUGGAUCAGUGCUGAAUGCAGACGGUGAAGUAGAGAUGGAUGCGGUCAUUAUGGAUGGGAGAGACCUGAGGUCUGGAGCGGUGGGAUGUGUCCAGAACAUCAAAAACCCCAUAUCUCUGGCCAGGGCAGUCAUGGAAAAAACUGACCACACCCUGAUCGUAGGAAAAGGAGCUAAUAAAUUUGCAGAAGAAGUUGGUGCUGUUACCUUGCCAACUGAAGAACUGGUGACAGAAACAGCGCGCAGAGAAUGGGAACAGCUGAUGAAGUACCAUACUACUGUCACAACUCUCUUUGGUGCAAGGAGUGACGUCCAGAAGGAGCCUGACCCUGUUGUCCAGGGCCACGACACAGUCGGAGCAGUGGUGUUAGAUGCGCAGGGAAACAUUGCAUUUGGGACGUCCACUGGUGGUAUCACAGCCAAACGUCCCGGCAGGAUUGGGGACAGUCCCAUCAUCGGUGCCGGUGGUUAUGCUGACAAUGCUGGUGGAGGGGUGUCUACCACCGGCCAUGGCGAGUCCAUAGCCAAAGUCUGUCUGGCUAAGCAUAUUACCCAUUUGAUGGAGGGAGGAAUGGAUCCACAGACAGCUUCAGAGACGGCCUUGACCUUUAUGUUUAAGAGAGUUCAGGGGUCAGGAGGUGUGGUUGUACUAAAUAACUGCGGCAACAUCGGAAAGCAUUUCACGACAGAAAGGAUGGCCUGGGCCUGGAUAAAAGAUGGUGUCCUUCACUACGGUCUCAAUCCUGGCGACGACUUUAACGAGUGUGUGCAAUAAAUAGGUCGUCUGGUCCAGACAGGUUUCUUUUAUUCUUAUCCAGGACUCGGCCAUGGGUGAAGGAUAUUAGGAUUAACAUGGUAUGUUGGUACAUCAACACAAGGAACAAACAGGUUCAAGAAUUGUACAAUUUAUUAUGUGAUCACAUUUUUGGUUAAAAAGAUAUUAAUGUGAACAAAAAACCUCAGGUUCUCUUUAAAUGAUAUAUAUUAUGUACAAUAAACAAACUUAUAGAAAUGCACCAUAGAACCUCAUUUUCCAAACUUAUGCCUUACUUAAUGAAUGUUCCUAGAAGAACUGUAAACCUUGACUAGCAAGGCUUCACUCUACUCACCGACCAUAUUAAUUGUAUCAACACGCAAAAAUAAUGCAUAUGGAUAACCUGAUAAACUAUUUCUGAUAAUAAGCCAGUCAUUGCUAUAUUAUUGUUUCAUGAUGUUAAAAAGUUACAAUAUUUAAAAAAAA